AUGUUCAGAAUUGGAAUCCGGAGAUUUGCUACUACCAACGUCCUCAGAAGCACGGUUGUGGAGACUCCUGCGGGUACCUCCGUCACCCUCAACUGGGUGGAGUACUUGAAAAUGAAGAAGCAACUCCACCGCAUCAACACCGGGGUGUCGAUUCUCACUGGGUUCACCGGUGCGUUUGCUACCCUCACUUAUCUUGGUAACGUCGAAAUCGACGUUGAAAAGACGAUCUUUGGUUUCGACCCCAUGAUGGUGAUGGCGGCGGCGGUGUUGCUUGGUGGUGGUGUCGGCUACUUGUUGGGUGGUUUCAUUGGCAGACCCGUGUUCAACAUGAUCAACCGCACCAAGAUCCAACAAUUCAAAGUCAAGGACCGCCAGUUCCUUGAGCGCAUCAAGGCUAACCGGGCUGACCCUCUGAGAUCGCUGGUGGCCAACCCUGUUCCCGACUACUACGGGGAAAAGAUCUACACGUUAAACGACUACAAGCAGUGGUUGCGUGACUGUAACGCGUUCAAGCGUAAGGCGACCGAGUUUUUGUAA